AUUAACAAAUCUUAAAGAAAUGUAAGAUUUGCUAGAAAUACUUGAAGUCUAGUAGGAGAGGCAAUUUUAGAAUGGUGUGAUCGUUUUUGUAGCCGAUGGAAAGCAAUCUUUCUAAUCAAGCUAUCAUUCUUGAGGAUGGUAAGCCAGUGCUCAAGGAUAUUGAAGAUACACCACUUUCAGAGGGUGAAAUCAGAGUCAGAGUUGAAGCAUCGCCUAUAAAUCCAAGUGAUCAAGCUUGGGUUGCAGGAUUCUAUGGAAUCAAAGAACUAAUUCCAAAAGGCCCUCUUGGUGCAGGAUUCGAAGGAUCUGGAGUAGUUACUGAAGCUCACGAAUCAGUAGGAGCAGAUAUUGUUGGCAAAACAGUUGCUUUCUUUGAAGAUUGUCACAAUCAAGGAUUCCAAGGGCUCUGGAGAAAAUACAUCAACAAGAAAGCUAGUGAUGUCAUUCAGUUCCCUGAGCAUGUGAAGCCUGAUGAGGCAUUCGCUGUUUUUGUGAAUCCACUUACUGCUGUCUAUAUGAUAAAUAUUGCAAAGAAGAAUGGCCACAAAGCUCUCAUUCAUGGUGCUGCAAGUUCUGCAUUAGGAAAGAUGCUUGUUAGAUAUGCUAAAAAUAUCGAUUUCCCAGUUAUCAACAUUGUCAGAAGACAAGAGCAGGUAGACUCACUCAAAGAGCUUGGAGCUGAACACAUCUUGGAUUCAUCCUCAGAUACUUUUGAUGAUGAUCUUGCUGAGCUAUCUAAAGAACUUGGUGCUACUGCUUACUUUGAUCCAAUUGCUGGGGCCUUCUGUGGAAGAGUGUUAUCUAAGAUGCCAGCUAAAUCAACUGCACAUGUCUACGGAGCUUUAUCUGGAGAGGCAGUCAGUUUGAAUCCAAUCGACAUCAUUUUCUACCAGAAGAGUGUUACCUACCUCUAUCUCUUAACCUGGUUCCAGGAAGCUUCCAAAGAAGAACAGGAUGAAGUUUUUGGAGAAGUAAUAAAGGACCUGUCAACAGGAGGAAACAUCUUCGGCACCAAGAUCUACAAAACAUUCUCUCUGGACAAAGUAGUAGAGGCUUGUGGAGAAGCCGCAAAGACUGCUUCCCUCGGAAAAGUUAUCAUCAACCCACAGCUAUAAAUGC